AUGUUCCCCACUCGGAGUGUUGUCGCGCGAUCGGCUUCAUCCUCUUAUGUUUGCCUUGGCUGCCGCAUGAAGACGAGGAAACGCCUUCGCCACGAUGAUAGACUGGAUCCGGAGAAUGGCGCCAAACCUCGUCUCCCAGCAUUGGAAGAGUCGUUCGUCGAUCAGGGAAGACAAAGAUCAGAUACACAGAACGGCUCUAGACGGAAAAUGGAGGUUGUAGGAAGAUCAAAGCAGGCCGACGCACACAAAAAGACGACGUCCAGACGCCCGAAGGAGGAGACAAAGAUCAGCACUGCGGCAAGAGAUGCAGCUAUUGCUCGAGCUAAGGCUCUUUUUAAUGAUGCUGCGGACCAGGCUGGCGCUCAGUUCUUCACAGCGAAGACUGAGCGACGAGUGAGGCAUGCAAGAGGAGAAAGAGUCAUUCGUUUUGGGGAUGACGGGGUAUCAAGCCAGCUGAGCUGGGCAGCGCCAGAGAAGGGAACGAAGCAAAAGGCGUUUGAUGAGCAUACAGCUCUCCAGCAAAGACAGCAGUAUGGCGAAGCAAUGGAACACAAGACCCCUCUCUGGCCCUCAGAUGACUCUCGAGCAGUGGUAGGUAACAAGCUAUCAUCUGACCUGUCUAGCCCUCUAAAGACCGUGGUUCCGCGUAUUCAGAGUCACUCUCUCGCUCCUAAACAUGACGCAGAUGUCCACGACUUGACCGAGUCGAAACCAUUGAUUCAAGAAAGCCGGAGGGCGGUAGAUGGUCCACCCGCUGCACAGAUCGAGCGUGAACAGGCAUGGUCCGCUAGUGGAUCGGAAACGACUCCGAUAUCGUCACAGGGUAUGCAUCAUCGGCCGCGUCUGUCUCCAAAAACCACAUUGGGCGACGAAGGCUAUGAUGCCAUGUCAAGGCUCAUUGCAGCUUCUCAGCCCACCACGUCGGCACGUACUCGUGCAUCAACCUCGACAAACCAUAGACGGCAAGGGUUGGGUCAUACCUGUACUAUGGCUCGAGCGUAUCAUACCACGUCUCGACUGCAGCGAACACUAACAGAACAGGCGAGGACUACUGGGCAAGGACUUGCUAGCGUACCACCUGAGCUAGUCGGUUUGGGCAGCAAGCACAUUGAGAACCCUCAUGGCAUUCGAGCUCAACUACGCCGUUGGCAAGAGAUGAAUGCUGACAAGGACCAAAUAUACGAAGACAGCACGUUCCCAGAUGCGGAUGAUAUAGGAGGCGACACAACCAACAACCUGACACGACUUGAGAAUCCAGAUAAUGCCUUGCGCACCUCCCAAGUCGAGUCCGAGGAAGACGAACGUGAGGCUAUGGCUCAUUUCAUGCAGGCACCAAAUGACGAGCCUAAUUCCGGCGACUUUCAUACUCGGUUCCUGAAGAUGGGCGACCUCGUAGAAGUGGAGUACCUCCGCUCGGAUGCACCAUCGGUUGUGGCGAUCUUUGUUCGCCGAGUAGGCACGACAGGUCUUGCGCAGCUCUACACUUUACAAGGUCGAUGGGUGCAUGUGUUGGAGAAGAAAUUGCAGUAUUCGAUUCCUGGCUGGGUGCCCGAGAGCAUGGUCCGCCCUUUGCUGGAGCAUCUACCCGACCCUGAUCUUGUUGAGACGAACCUGGAUGAGCUCCUUGACCAGGCGUACAUGAAAGAUCUCUCUGUACCACGCAAUGUCGCCAGCCCUCUUGUUACCAGAAUGGUGCAGUUUCAGGCUGAAGCAACUGAGAUCUAUCGCCGUCACGCCAGGGCACUCGAUAAUGCACAUGAGCUUCUGGCACACGAGAGCGAUCUCCGCUACGGCUCGCUUGUCACCGCUGCAACUACAUUACUCAAAAUACCAGCUGCUGAGCUUCCGGUGACCGGACUGUUCGCAGUACGGCAAGCGCUAUCCGCAGCUGGUUUCGCUUUCAACAUUGACCGCCGCUCACAUCGCUUGACCGGUUACUUACAGAUCCGAAGUAAGGACUCCGUAAAGAUGGUGAACUCGGUCCGAGGAUGGCUUAGAGAGUGGCAAGACGAUCUGGCUCUCACUGCGACCAUGUCCGAGGCUGAGGUGAAGCGUCAUAAACCAAGGCGAGGCGCAGUGUAUGUGCACGAUUUCUUGAAGAAGAUCAAGCAGAUCGUCUUGAAUAGCCGAGAGCAUCGCGAUGCUACCGAAUAUGGUAAUAUUGGUCCCAGUAAGGUCCGAAUCCCCAUCACGGCUGGUCGGGACUCUGUGCGCAUUGUGAAAGAGGAGUGCUUUACGGACCAAGACACUAAGCUGGUACAAUUCAUCGAAUCGUGGAGUCUGAGCCACAUGUUCGCUGGGUUGCCACGGAUCGAGUCUCUACCACCACUUCUGCUGCAAGCCAUAGGCUUGUACAAGCAAUACGAGCUUAAUGCCCCUACUGGAAUGCUCCUUCUACAGGAGAUCGGCACCAUUCUACCAUACGAGAACCGCGUCAGAUUUGACCAGCACUUGCUGCUUCCAAGCAGCCAACACUCGAGACCCUUGCAGGACCUGAUGGCGAAGCUUCAGGAAAUGGCCAACAAGCAUGACUUUAAGGACUCCAUGGCUGGCCUUCGCCAUGACUGGGGUGCGCUUCCCGUGUACUGUAUAGACGAUGCUUCGGCGCACGAGAUCGAUGAUGGUCUUUCUGUUGAGCCUAUUUCCGCUGGCACGAAUGACCCGAAGGAAUGGUGGGUGCAUAUCCAUAUUGCCAAUCCUACGGCGUUCUUCGAGCGAGACCACCCUAUGGCGAAGAUGGCGAGGCAUAUGGGCGAGAGUAUCUAUAUGCCCGAGCGCACGUAUAUGAUGUUGCCACGAUGGGCCACGCAAAGACAUUUCUCCCUCGACCGCAACAGACCGUGCUUGACUUUCUCAGCCCGCCUGAAUGACAAAGGUGAAACGCUGGAGAGGAAAAUCAGAAGCGGAUACAUUCGAAAAGUCCUUCGACUUACCAGACAAGAAGUGGCCGAAGUCCUUGAUACUGGCAAGGCAGCAACACCAGAACUUGUUUUGACCGUUGGGGGUGAUCCACCACCCGACCUUACUAAAAGACCGGAGCACGGUGAGAUCACUCCUGAAAUGGCGCAGCAGCUCGAGUGGCUGCGCAUGCUGGGUGAGAAGAGGUCAGAGGUUAGACGAGCAGCGGGUGGACUGUUCUUCGACACACACAAGCCAGAUAUCAAGGUGUGGCAAUCGGACAGGAGCACCGGUCUAGCAUGGGACCACCCUUUCCGCAAGGGCUGGCGCAGGGUCGAAGGUGAUCCCGUCAUCCAAAUGCGCACGCAGGGGUUUUCGAAUUGGUUCGCUCCUGUGGACGAUGCCGUGGACGUUUUGGUCAGAGAGAUGAUGUUGCUCGCUUGUGAAACAGCAGCAGCCUGGUGUGAAGAACGACAGAUUCCAGCUGUCUUCCGGGGCUCGCUCCGCCGACCUGAUCGCGUUUCACCGGAGACAUACUUUGAAGAGACUCUGGCACCUGCUGUCAAAGCGUCCAAGAACGGCGAAUACCCAAUGCACCUCGGUAUGAAGUAUCUGGAGACCUUUGGCCAAACAGGUCUCAGCACAAAGCCUUUCAACCAUGCUAUUCUGGGCAUGAGCCACUACGGCAAAGUCACUUCUCCUCUGCGCCGAUAUGGUGAUAUGAUCUUACACUGGCAGAUCGAAGCCGCCUUACGCGAGGAGGCACGGACUGGCCAGAACCUCGUCACCACCAACCAGGAAGCGGACCGGAAAUUUCUUCCCUUCAGCAAGAACGUCCUCGACACCAUCAUCGUUGGUCUCCAGCCACGAGAAAGCACCAUAAUGCGCGCGAAACAGCAUGCGGAAGAGUUUUGGAUCUCGCAGCUUCUCUUCCGCGCUCAUCACUUUGGUGAAGCCGAGUUACCUAAGACGGUCAAGGCAUGGGUUUACAGAAUCGCUGGUCCGGACUUCGCAACCGCCUCGGCUAUGAUUGUAGAAUGGAAUGUUCAGAGCAUCAUGACCAAGGUCUCGGUACCUGGGAAUAGGCACUAUGAGGAGGCCAGGAUAGGGGACCUUUGGGAGUGCGAGAUUGUUAGCGUCGAUGUGUUCAUGAGGAUACCGAAGUUGAGGGCGCUGAGAUUGAUUGACAGGGUCGCAGGGCCAUGA